AUGUUCUCCAAGACCACCCUCCUCAUGGCCCUCAACGCCGGCCUCACCCUCGCCGGCAACGCCAUCCUCACCAACCGCUGCUCCUACGACAUCUGGGUCUCUUCGGUCGGCGGCUCCCACCAAACCCCCUGCACCCUCGUGCCAGCGCGCACCCAAUACACCGAGGUCCUCUACAACACAGGCACCUCUCUCAAGAUCUCCUCCAGCGACAGCAUCAAGAACGGCGAGCACACCCAAUUCGAGUACUCCAUCGCCGGCGGAAAGAUCUGGUACGACAUCUCCUUUGUCAACUGCGCCGAGGGCGAGUCCGCCUCUGCCUGCCCUGGCCACGCUGAGGGUUUGUCGAUGCGCGGCUCCGAUGAUCAGUGCAGCUCUGCGGACUGCGCCGCUGGUGAUUACUGCCCUACUCAGGCCUACUAUGUUGAUACGCCGCUCAUUAAGCUGGGGCUCAAGGAGCCCGUGUUCGACUGCCCAUCUACCGAUGUUGAUCUCCACAUGACUGUUUGCUCUGGCGAGGACUCGCUCAAGAGGAGUGUGGCUGGCCGUGUCGCUAUUGACCUUGAGGGUCAGAACUAG